UUCCUCCUCCUCUUCCUCCUCCUUCUUCUUCUCCCCUUUACCACCAUCACCACCAUCAUCUUCCUCCUUCUCCUCCUCCUGCUCCUGCUGCUGCCGCUCCUGCUUCUACUCCCGUUCCCUUGGAGCGGUCCAUCCUGGUGCCUCUUUUGUGAAGCGGAGGCUGAGGAUAUUCCCGGACUCGCCAUGGCGGACGGAAAGCCUAAGGAAGGAGUCAAGACUGAAAACAAUGACCACAUUAAUUUGAAGGUGGCAGGGCAAGAUGGGUCGGUGGUGCAAUUUAAGAUUAAGAGACACACACCACUUAGUAAACUAAUGAAAGCCUAUUGUGAACGACAGGGUUUGUCAAUGAGGCAGAUCAGAUUCCGAUUUGAUGGGCAACCAAUCAAUGAAACAGACACACCUGCACAAUUGGAAAUGGAGGAUGAAGAUACAAUUGAUGUAUUCCAGCAGCAGACAGGAGGCAUUUACUAAAGAGAACAUGCAACUCUACUCCAGAACUGUGCUCCCAAGGAAAACAAUGCAUUCACAAUUAGAAAACCAAGAUUUGGUUCAUCCACAUCCUGACUACUGCAGUAUAGUUUUCUCUCUUCUUUAUCCCUUCCCCCAUUCCUAUAUUGUACAUAAAGUAACUGGUGUAUGUGCACAAGCAUAAUGCGUUUUGUUUUUUUUUAACUAAAUGGCCGAUGGUAUGUUUUGAUCAACAUCAAAUGGAGAUGGGGAGGGGAAAAAACAAACUGGUUCUGUGAAAAUAUCCCUUUUCUCCAUUAGUGGCAUGCUCAUUCAACUUUAUCUUUAUAUUCCAGUAAGUUAUUUUGCUCUCACUGUUUAACAACAACAACAAAAAAAAACCCACAAAAAAAUCCUUGCAUACCUUGUUUGAUUGGAUAAUUUCAAUGUUUUUCUUUUAUCAUUGUAAAACCAAGGACGAUUUUAUAACUUUUUUGUACGUAGCUGUUACAUGUAGGGCAAUCUCUGUCUCUCAGUAGGGAUAAAUUACUAUAAAAAAUUGAUCCUAGAUAGUUCUCCCUUCAAGUCAAACA